CCUGUAACUCUUCCACACAGUGAAGCAUCAUUAUGAUCUGUCUUGAAGCGCUUGUACCAACCAACUGGAUAGUACUGCUUCGACUCUGUUAGAUUUGUGUCACUGUUGCACUGGUAAUGAUAGCGAUCUUAGCAACUACAAUAACACUGGCGAAAACCCGUGUCAUUGACGUGCACACACGACAGCCUUUUUACUAUUAUUUAACUGUGAAGUGGUCUCUUCUGGUAUCUACCCCACAAUGCUUCGCCAAUUCAUCGAUCGCUACUUCCUCAGCAAGGGCGGGCAUACAGUUACAUUCCUGGGGCUUGACUACGCUGGAAAGACAACACUCUUGUACCUCUUAAAACUCAAUCAGGUUCUUCCAACCAUUUCUACCUUUGGGUUCAAUGUGGAGACGGUGGAUGUUCCUCUUGCUGGGCGACGCCGUCGAAGGCUUACUUGCUGGGAUGCCGGGACGGGCUGUGGUAUUCACGGUGUUUACCCUCUGCUGCGAAUGUUUGUUGAGACAUCAGCGGGAGUUGUUUGGGUCGUGGAUAGCACUGACAGGGAACGAAUCGACGAGAGCAUCGAGACCUUCAGCAUCUUGGUCACUGGUGUCACCAACAAUGGCAUUCCUAUCCUCAUAUUGGCAACGAAGCAGGACCUUCCGGGUGCGAUGUCCGUGGACGAGAUUCGUGUCAAGUUUGCGAGAGCCAUCUCGGGGCGGAACGCUUUUGUAUUUGGUGCAGCUUUGGUUCAGCCAGACGCGAUUGCUGCGUUAUCGGCUCCAUUUGAGUGGUUCAUUGCAGCCAUUCAAACCCCUUCUACGACGACCGCGAGCAAGCAGCCGCCAGUUGCCUCGGAAAAUUCUGACCCGUUGGAGCUUGACAAGAAAUUGAGCGCGUGGCUGGCACGUACCGAAACUGACACUCCUCCUGAAGAAUUCAUAGCUCAAUUCCUUUCGGCAAAGCUUUCCGCCUGGGAUCAUUACACCCACAUUCGCAUCGCCUAUGUUAUUUUGACCACCUAUGGUCGACAAAAAGGAAAGGAUAUGAUUUUCGAUGGCAUCGAAAAGUUCAUAGCCCGGAGCUCUAUUGCCAGUGGUCGCACGUAUCAUGUUACUAUGACAUAUUUUUGGAUACAGCUCGUGCAUCUCGGUAUACGCAACAUGCCUCCAUCCAGCGCAUUAAAUGCGUCGGACAUCACGCUCGUCGAGUCAUUUGAACCAUCACCAGAAGAUUUCAUCCGCUUCCUUUUGAUGAAUUCGCAUCUCUUGGUUGGGAAUCUGAGUCUAUGGACGGUGUUCUAUUCGAAGGACGUCAUGAUGAGUCCGGAGGCCAAGGCGGGUGUGGUUUUGCCAGACAAGAAACCUUUGCCUAAUCUUGUCGUCCGCGACGCAAUCUCAAGAGUUCAUGUAGUUUGACUGGGUUGGUCUGCAUUAGAGGGAUAAUUGGUAUCUGUCUUUAGUUGCAGUCCUAGGACUUGGCCCAUUGCUGUGAAUACAUACAGCCUCUUUGUAGUUCAGUGGUUCUUCCAUCAAUUAACUUUCUCAGGUCCAAAAAACUAUGCUGUUCUUCCGGUUUUUUCCCAUUGAUGAGAGUACCAUAUGGUCUACGAACGCUGUAUCAUUUUUUUGAUAGAAAACCUGUGUAACGCAUCCUGUAUGUCUUGUGCUCCUUUGGGAAGUGUUGUUGAGGGGGCACAGGCUGUAUCCAGAUGUCUCACAGCAGUGCUGCGGCUUGCUGUUGGGUGUAGCGCCACGAAAAUG